GCUGAAGUGUACAGCAUCUCACUGAAGUGGCGCGGAAAUAGGCAGAGAGCACGAGGGAUGCGACGGUAGAGGAGAAGCUUCUUUAAUACAGAGAACAUGUAGUGAAAGCUGCUGCACUGAAGGAAGCCAGGGAAGGAGAGAGAGAGAGAGAGAGAGAGAGCGAGAGCGUGAGAGAGAGCGAGGGAGAGAGAGUGAUCCGCAUCCGCGUGGAAUCAACUCCAGAUCCACGUUUUGCGUGGCGCUGGCAGAGGGGAACAGGCAUUGACUGGCUUCGUCCUCCUGGCUGCUGCAGUGUAGGUUUCAGCGCGGAGCCGAGGACCAGAGCACCCUGUCGCUUUGUCUCUUCAGAGGGCUUGGAUAAAAACAAGACACAGAAAAGGGUGGAGGAGGAGCAGCAGGAGUAGAGAGAAGGAAGGAACGCCGAUUCUUUUCAAGUCGGUCUCAGAUGCAGAUUCUCGUUAUGAUCUAGUGCCUCUCUGUCAUCGAUCGAAGAAGAAGAAGAAGAAUGUCUCCGGCAGAUUGGCACUCUGGAAGACCAGCAGUACCCAUGGUCCUCGUCCAGGUACUCGAAUGAAGACAGGUGCUCCACGCCAUCUUGGAACAUGAAGGGCUUAUCGGGCAGCCGUAUGCAGCACCAGGUCCCCGGCGGACACGCCUACGGCUUGGCUGAGUUCGAACAUUCCCAUGAGCACCACUUCCACCAUGGGCCCGAGGUCCGGCCCACCUAUCUGCUGAGCCCUACUGAGAGCUGUCCCAUGGACUACCACCACCGCUACUCACCCCGAAGUUCCAUCCACUCCGAUUGCAUGAUGAUGCCAGUCGCUGUACCAACAGGUGGCGGCGGUGAGCACGUCUCCAGCAGCACCUUUCCCAGAAUGCACUACAGCUCGCAGUAUUAUGACACGGCCUCGCGGGAUGACUGCGCGGCUGCCGCUGCUGCUGCGUCGGUGGCAGCCUCUCACCACCAUGUGGCCGCAGCUUCCUCUACCACCUCGGGCAAAUCCAACCGCAUCCCCGCCAACCUGCUUGACCAGUUUGAGAAGCAGAUGCCCCUGCAUCGCGAUGGCUUCCACACGCUGCAGUACCAGCGCACCUCCGCUGGGGGUGCUGGCGAGCAACGGAGCGAAAGCCCCGGACGCAUCCGUCACCUGGUACACUCCGUGCAGAAACUCUUCACCAAGUCUCACUCACUGGAAGGCUCCUCCAAGAUGAAUGGCACCAAGGGAGACACAGGCGGCAGUGGAGUGGGUGGGGGCCAUCAUCACGGUCACCACUCAAAGCACGGGAGCAAGAGGAGCAAAAGCAAGGAGCGUAAGCAUCGUUCAGGCGUAGGAGGCUGGUGGAGCUCCGAUGACAACCUGGACAGCGAUAGCACGUACCGGACACCCAGUGUCAUGAGCCGUCACCAUAUUGAUCAUGUGGGCCACUGCUACCCCGAGGCAGUUCAGGGCCACUUUGGCGACCUCACCCUCAAGACCUCCAGGAGCAACAACGAUGUCAAGUGCUCAGCCUGCGAGAGCUUAGCUCUGGCCCCUGAGGGCAAGUUCAUGAAGAGGAGCUCUUGGUCAACGCUCACCGUUAGUCAGGCCAAGGAGGCUUAUCGCAAGUCCUCCCUGAACCUAGAAAAACCCAUGAUACACCAGGACCUGAAACCAUCCCUGAGGUCUUGUCAUUACUUGCAGGUGCCCCAGGAUGAGUGGGGCGGCUACCCCGGCAUCGACAAGGACGAGGAGAUCCCCUGUCGGCGGAUGCGCAGCAGCAGUUACGUCAAAGCCAUGGGGGAUGACGAGAGCGGCGACUCGGACAGCAGCCCCAAAACCUCACCGCAGAAAGCCAUCCGGCCCGACGCCCUUGCCCUCAAGUCAGUCAUGCUCAGGCCCCACAUCGACCCCCAAAGCCAGGGCUACCACCUGCAAGCUGUCCGAGACAUGCGGCCUCACCCCAACGUCACCCUGGACCCCGCCACCACAUUUAACCCCCCCCAAUUCCGUUCACGAAACCAGAGCUACAUGCGGGCCGUCAGCACGCUCAGUCAGGCAAGCUGCAUCAGCCAGGUGAGUGAGACUGAGGUCAAUGGCCAGUUUGAAUCGGUAUGCGAGUCCGUUUUUAGUGAAGUAGAAUCCCAGGCUAUGGAUGCCCUGGACCUGCCGGGCUGUUUCCGCACCCGAAGCCACAGUUACCUGCGUGCUAUUCAGGCUGGGUAUUCCCAAGAUGACGACUGCAUUCCUUCAAUGACAUCCUCCACUGUCACUUCAACUCUCAGAUCCACAACAGGCAUCCAGUUUCGUCUGCCUGCCCCCUGUGGUACCGAGCGGACCCAGCCUCAGCCACAGACGCCUCCAGCAGUAACAUACGCCCCUAGUUACAAGAAGACGCCCCCGCCAGUCCCUCCCCGGGCUGCCACCAAACCGCUCAUCUCCGUCACUGCGCAGAGCAGCACCGAGUCCAUGCAGGAUGCCUACCACGAGGCCCGACACCCCCGCACCAGCCGCUGGCCCCAGGACGGCCUGGGCCGGGCGCUCUACAACUCCACCGACAGCCUGGAUAGCACCAAGGCCGUCACCCUGGCUAUGGAGACAGCGGCAGGACGGCGGCACGCGUCCACGGGCAGCCACAGCUCUGUGCAGACGUGCGACAAGGCCGUGUUGGUGUCCAAGGCUGAGGAGUACCUGAAGACUCCCCGGUCCUCCAUCGGGAUUCAGGUGGAGACGGCGACAGACUCUGAACCGGAGAGCAAAGGACUGAGAGAGUACCACUCUGUGGGGAUCCAGGUGGAGGACGAGAAGAGGCACGGCCGCUUCAAGCGCUCCAACAGCGUGACGACGGCCGUGCAGGCGGACAUGGAGCUGGAGGGCUUUCCCGUCAUGGAGGACAAGGGCUUGCAGUUUGGCGGCUCCUUCCAGAGGCACUCGGAGCCAAGCACACCCACGCAGUAUGGCGCUGUCCGCACCGUGCGCACCCAGGGCCUCUUCAGCUACCGCGAGGACUAUCGUGCCCCCAGCGGGCCCCCCAGCCCACAGCCGCAGCCCUGGCUGCCAGAGCCCUCCCUCGAGGGGCCCGAGUCCGGCCGGGCGUCUCCCCUCCGCCGUGAUGGGGCUUGGUUCAUGCAGCUGCUACAUACGGAAACCAAGAGGAUGGAGGGAUGGUGCAAGGAGAUGGAGAGGGAGGCGGAGGAGAAUGAUCUGUCGGAGGAGAUCUUAGGUAAAAUCCGCAGUGCUGUUGGCAGUGCUCAGCUCCUCAUGUCCCAGAAGUUCCAGCAGUUUUACUGGCUGUGUCAGCAGAACCUGGACCCCAGUGCUAUGCCAAGACCCACCUCCCAGGACCUGGCGGGGUUCUGGGACCUCCUCCAGUUGUCCAUCGAUGACGUCACUGCCAAAUUUGACGAGCUGCAGCAGAUGAAGGCCAACGCCUGGAGACCGUUGGAGAGCCCUGAGAAGAAGGAAAGGAAGUGGCCGCCCCCCGUACCAAAGAAGCCCCCCAAAGGCCGAGGCGGCGUGACACGGGAGAGGUCGCUGGACCUGCAGGACAGACAGCGGCAGGAGGCGCGACGGCGCCUUAUGGCCGCCAAGCGGGCCGCCUCUUUCCGGCAGAACUCUGCGACGGAGCGGGCCGACAGCAUCGAGAUCUACAUCCCUGAGGCCCAGACACGGCUCUGAGGGCCGGGAACCCCCCCCCCCCCCCAAGUGGUCCUGUACUGUCGAGCGACUCUCCUCUCCUCACAUCGUCACGUUCGUGUCGAUUGCGGCUGUGGGAAGGUCUGCGCGAUUUCCAGCCCUGCUUCAGCUCCUACCUUUCUAACCAGACCCGGCCUCAAGGAAAACAAAGAGAGUAGAUCGGGCUCAUCUGUUAGACCUCACCACGUCAGCAAGCGAGAGUUUCUGUUCAGCUUUACGGUUGGCUGUUCUCAUUUUAAUUUGUCACUGCGGUAUACGCUGAAUUUAACACGCCGGGGGUUCGGCGUUGUAAUGGGGAGGGUUGGCCCUUCUUUCCCGAUACGGUCACAUUGAGACACAAAGUGCAGCUCCCUCAAGAACUUCACCAGCAGCACCAGCAGUGGUCCUGGGGGAAAACACCGCCCCCCCAAGGCACAGAGCAGUGAUGCAGAGCCAACCCGCCUCCCCCCCCCCCCCCCGGAAACCAUUUCCUCUGUAGGACUCAACAAACUGUGCUCCUCUCUGUACAGAGAGAACUGUGCACAAAUAGAAGUGAUCUUUCAGAUAAUUCUUGAAAUACCUCAGUCGUGCCUGUCAUAUAGUUUGGUUUCCGAAGCCCACCCAUCCUGCCCAAGCUCUGCUGGGCCGCUGUGGACACACACCAAGCCUUGGCAAUGGCCUUCGGCUCUCUGCUGAGAUCUAACAUCUAGCAAAAGGCAGGUCGGUCGGCAUGGCGACCUCUUUCUGUUCCCAUGACGUCGGCUCCAUUGUCCCAGUUACAAACAUACCACGAGUACCAACAUUCCCGCUGUAGUAAAUUGGUGGAUCAAUACUUCCAUAACAAUAAGUGUCCCCGGUUAAGAGACAAGCGAGGUCACUAUUUCAAGAAAUAUUUCUAACAAGUAGAAAAUUACUUCUAUGUACCUUAAAUUAUACUCUUGCUUGUAUUUCCAACGGAAAUGUACCUAGCGGAUAUCAUCUAAUACUGUUGCAAUUAAAUUGCAAGGCAAGAUACAGAGAUUUUUGCUGAUUUUUCAUACUUGGUGGAUAUCAGACCCAACAACAAUUCAUUGCAGUACUACAGCUGCUUAAAAAGGGGGGGGGGGUUGCACCUUCACCCGCAGAAAUCUGGAACUUUCUUCAGAUGUCAAAAGCAGGAUAGUUCUGAAAAGGGCCCAAAAGACAUGCAAAGGCAACCCGCUUGACAGUCACACUGUUUUCAGACUGAAGUUACACAUUCCACAGCUAGCUUGGUUUCUCUUACCGGGAUGAUUGCAUGGUUUACAUAGAUAUCUUGAAAAGUAUUAUUUUGAACGAUGACAUAGGGACAUAGAUGUGGAGUGAUGUGGUUAUGGAAAGGAGAGAUAAUGGUGGCUUGCUGUAAGAUGUGAUGUCUGGAUAGGAGCAGUUGGAGGUAACGGGGUGUCCGUGAGUGGGUGGGUAGGGGAGGCAGGGGGCAAGAAGAAGGUAGCAAGGGGCAGAAGGGCAGAAUAACUGGGAAACACGAUAAAUGCUAGCUGAAGGGGAAAACCAUGCAAGAGAGAUUAUUAUCCAUAAAUCAUAAUAAUAAGUCAUAAUGAAAAUUCAUAAUGAGCUGUGGGAACUGGCCUUAAGUGAGGGGGGAGCAUGAGAGAGGAGCAAGCCGGCCUAAGCACAGAGGCUUGGACCUCAGCGUGACACCCGGGCAGAUGGGGAUGUGCCCCCUGCAGUCCACUCCAAGCCAAACGCUCACGCCUCUGUGCCAGGCUUUCGGUGUGUUGGCGAUCCCAUCCCCCGCUGCCGUGUCUCUGUGUCUGUGUGUGUGUGUGUGUGUGUGUCGGUGUGUGUGCAGUAUUACAAUGAUAUUAGAUUGACAUUCCACAUAUAUGAAAACAAAUCAGUUUUACCAGUGUUAUUACAGUAUGUAAAGAUGCAAACAACACUUUGAAGCGGUUUGGCUGCAAACUGCGAACGGUGCUGCUUUUUACUCUUGGUGUCCUGUUCUGGCACCAGCUGCCUACGUAACACAAACACUUUCUAGUGGUGGAUUUGAUAUCUCAGCGCAUCCCUUAUUAAAAUACCCGGGAAUUGACUUUGCCUAGAUCUAAUCAUCUUUGUAGAAUAAAGACUAUAUUUUUUAAUCAGCAGGUUUAGGGCAGGGAGCAAAGAAAUCCUGCCAUUUGUGCAGAAUACUGAAGGCAUUGCGGGCCAGUCCGAGUCCCUGCAAGGCUCACAGCCCAGGUGAGCAUUGUGUUCAUUGGCCGGCAGAUUCAUAAACCCCUUAGCAUAGAGAAGGAGCCCAAGUUCUAAAGGGUACCUACAGAGUCAUAAGUCACACAGAUGCGGCCUGGGAGGGCAGGAUUGCCUCAGUGUUGCACUUGAUCCAAGCCCAUGGGCACAUUUCCCCUAUGAGGAGGGCAUUGCGGACCCCAGAGGCCCUGAGGUGUCCUAGCCGCACACGUACUCGGCAUUGGCCACUUGUUUGUAAGCCCUUUUAUGAUUCGCCAGGCAGCCUGUCCAUCCGCUUUCUGUCCCCUCAGAGGAGACUUCUCUGACAGGCCGCCUCAAAGCCAACUGGGGAGCUGUGGGUCACAUACACAAUGUCCUGAGCCGACGCACUUUCACUCUGGUAUUUUAAGCUAGCUUCAGCCAUGGAUUCAUGUUCAAAGCAUCUGUGAGCUCUGAAACCGAAGGCUUCAGCCUUAUCUCUGUCACAAAUGCUGAUUGAUGUUGGAAGGUUGGGAUCACAGGUUUGGAGAGGUGCAGGACUGCUGAGCGCAUGGAUUGAGUGUAAU